GCAGUGUCCUAGCGAGGCAAAAGGAAUUAGUUCUCAAAUAAUUGGAGAACAGUCCGAUCUUACGCACCCAUUGUCACCUGUGUGACUUUAGGUGAAUUUGAUAAUUUAUCAAGAAUAAAAAUGGGGGUAGAACAAAUGAGAAACACAUCAUUUUCAAUGAAAUUUAUACCUCUCGGCGCAUGAAUUUUCGUAACAAAAUUUUUGCAAAUUCACCUAAUACACUUCCAUAGGCUCCUACAAUAAAUAAGGGAAUAUAUGCGCGUGAUAAGGACUUCCCGAUGGUAGACUAAGUUUUCUAUGUUAUUCUCUAAAUCGCACUUAGAAAACACGUGUGCGGAUCGAAGAAGCGCACAAACUGAUAUCUAUGUUUUCUUAUUAGGAAUGGAACAUUGGGGUUGGCGCCCAAUGGGACGCACAUUCAAGCUUUGUGUUCCGUAGAACAGCAUGGCAACAGAGGUUGCUGCAAAUGUCAAUUGUGAUGAAGAAAUUACAGCACUGGGCCGUGUCCAACAAGCGAGAGACGACACAAUGGAAAAUGCAGACAGGCCUUCUGAAUUCAACACAACCGGGAAGGGAACGCAACCUCAUGACCCCAGCAGCGGCGGAGGACACGGAGGAGUACCCGGUCCUAUAGCUGAUGGGCAAGGAGGAGUAAGAAUUAAUAAUUCUAUGGAUUCUCAUGGUCAGCAAUCGAUGAAUAUGUCGAAGGAUGGUAAUGUGACAAAGACGCCAAACUGCAACUCAACAGGCCAGUCAGACGGCGUGCUUCCGCAAGCGGGUCGUCCAAACGCAGGCUCGUACAACGGGCCAAGUCCAAACGUUGAUCCCUUUUCUAGCGGUGCUUUACCUCAAUACAUGGAGAACAGCAGUGGUAAUAAACAAGCGCCUUUUGGUCAAGAUGGUUAUGGUGGUGGAUAUUUUGGAAAUAGAAACAAUGGAGGUUAUGGAAUGAACCAACAUGGUGGACCUGGUAUGACAGGAAAUGCAAACUCUGGUGCUGGAGCCCCCAAUCAAGCCAUGGCACACACAAGCACAUACAAUCAGUUUGAAGGGAAUAUGAACUCCAGGCCAGGAUACCCAAAUAUGUCAAAUCGCAGUGGAAUGGGCUCACCGAUGGGCCCAGGCAGUUCGGCCGCUUAUGGCGGCUCACACAAUCCACGAGCGUACGGGCCAGGAGACCGAAUCUCGAGCACAGCUCCAACUCUUUCACAACUUUUACAAGGACAAAAACACCCUACUCACAGUUUUUCAGGAAAUUUUUCAGGGCACAGUGAUGUGAGCCCAGGAAAAGGACCUGAUGCUGGUUCGAUGGGAAUGAUGGGACAAGGAGGUCCUUAUCAAUCUCAGUGGCCCAAUAGAGGCCAAAUGCAACAUCCAAUGGGACCAUAUGCUCAACGCAGUCAGAUGGGAAUGAUGCCUGAUGGUCAGAGCCCGAUGCAGAAGAGACCAUAUCCUGGUGGCCCUCCUGGACCCUAUCAGAAUCAGUAUGGUGGCCGCCAGUUCUCGGGCAUGUCACCUCAGAUGUACCCCAACCCAAUGUAUCCUGGUAAUCGGUCAUACAACGCACCUGGCGGUGGCACCAGUGGUGGGGGCAGCAGUGGUGGUGCUAGUGCCGGUAGUGGUCAGUUUCCUCAACAGAUGUCCCCUCACUAUGGUCUAACAAGCCAGUCGCAAGGCACCAACUACAGUUCUCCUUCGGGCUACUCGCCUCAGGGAGAUGGUAGCGGUGACAGCAACAGUGUUUGGGGACCACCCUCCCAAUCCAUGCAACACCAAGGACCACAAUCACAAAUGUGGAACCAACAGCCACAGCCACAGCAAAACAUGGUUCAUUCUCCCCAUCCCCAGCAACCACAAUCACAACAACCAUCACCACAUUCUGGGCCACAGUCCCAACAAAGUAACCAACCCAAUCAGCCACCACAGUCACAGACUGGUCCUGGGGAAACCCAGCCAACACCGCCUGCACAACCACAACCACAGCAACAACAACAACAACAACAACAAGAGCAGCGGCAACAGCAGGAGCAACGGCAACAGCAGCACCAAACAUCACAACCUCAACAAAACCAAAACCAACAACAACCCACUUCCUCUCAGCAACAACGGAACUUCCCAAGUAGUAGAAGUAGUAACAGCAACCAACAAUCUGCAUCAUCGCAGAAUUCGUCAUCUUCAUCAUCAUCCAAUAAGGCAGAUGGUUCAAUGAAUAGACCGCCAAGCCUACCAGUAAGUAAUAGUUAAUUUUCUUGCUCUGCCGCAUUGAUAAGC